AUAAAAACUGGAUUCUUGGUCUCCUUUUAUCAAGUCUCUGGAUAAAUGGACAGACAGGAGAGUUUUGCAGGUUUUGGCAUAGCUCAACAAAAUAAUUAUUACUGGUACUGGCAAAGUCUCUCCUCUGCUGUUAGGGUGAAGCCGGAGUUCCCACCCCGCCAGUGUUACCCUUUUGGCACCUGGUAUGAGCAGCAGCAUAGCUGUUUCUCUCUUUCUGGCUACAGCUGUGGCUGUGCAGUGGAUGGAAGUGGACACAGCCUUCUUUCUGUGUGUAAGACCUCUGGACAGCCAGCUGACACUCUGGUCGUGCCUGAGGAAACCACAGCUGUGGCUGAAAACCAAGAUGACGACCCACUAGAAGAUCCAAAUCUUCAUUUGAAUAUUGAGGAAUUAAACAAAGAGUUUAUGGUGAAAAGUGAAGAACUCUACGACUCUCUCAUGAAUUGCCACUGGCAGCCUUUAGAUACCGUUCACUCUAAAAUCCCAGAUGAAACCCCAAAGAAGCAAGAUGUUCAUUAAGCUACCCAACUAUCAUAUUAAUUGUAUCCUGUUUUGGUUUUGUUUUUGCAAAAAAAAAAAUUCUCCCAGGAAUGUACUCGAUUCUGUUUGUAAAUACAAAUUUCCAGCACUUAAAUGUGAUAGACGUGAUUGAACGUAAUGUAAAUAAACUUU